GCCGAGUUCAGCGUUAAUUGCGGGAUGGAAGUUAGCGAAUUUGGGCAACUUGCCUCUGCUGCCCAGUCGACCUCAGCUCUCCCCUCCCCCGACACACGCCCACACACACACACCCACGCGCACACCCCUCUCCCUAUAAACGCGGGCGGCUGAGCCGCGCGCCGAGUCCCUGCCUCGCAGAGCUCCGGACUUGGAGUCAGAGAGACCUGGCUGCGAAUCCCGGCUCCGUCACUUUCUAGCGCUGUGACCUUGGUUUUCAGGUGGCGAAACUGACUGGUCUGGUUAGAACGCGUCCAAGCCAAGCCGCAGUGCUGUUUGGAUUUUUAAAUUUCUCCUUCUGAGUGAGAAAAUAGCAAUCGAGAUGGAACCAACCGCACAAGAGCUCCAGCUGGCAGCAUCAUCUUCUGACAAUUUAUCCAACUUCUGCCAAGACUCCGAAAUGCCAACAACUUCGAGGCCUGCACUUGAUGUCAAGGGUGGCACCUCACCUGUGAAGGAGGAUGCCAACCAAGAGAUGAGCGCCAUGGCCUACUCUAACCUUGCAGUGAAAGAUCGCAAAGCAGUGGCCAUUCUGCACUACCCUGGGGUAGCCUCAAAUGGAAACAAGGCCAGUGAGGCUCCCACUAGUCCCUCGGGAUCGCCAGUAGGCUCUCCUCCUGCCACCCCUCCCGCUAAAUCCCCAUCCUUCAACCUGAACCCUGCCCCUCACUUGCUGGCCAGUAUGCAGCUGCAGAAACUUAAUAGCCAGUAUCAUGGGAUGGCCGCCGCCACUCCGGGCCAACCCGGGGAGGCAGGGCCCCUGCAAAACUGGGACUUGGGGGCUCAGGCGGCGGGAGGGGCGGGAUCACUCUCUCCUUCUGCUGGUGCCCAGAGCCCUGCUAUCAUCGAUUCAGACCCAGUGGAUGAGGAGGUGCUGAUGUCGCUGGUGGUGGAACUGGGGUUGGACCGAGCCAAUGAGCUUCCGGAGCUGUGGCUGGGGCAGAAUGAGUUUGACUUCACUUCAGACUUUCCAUCUAGCUGCUGAUCCCAAAUGUCCCUAAAGAUGGAGGAAUAAAGCCACCAAUUCUGUUGUAAAUAAAAAUAAAGUUACUUGCAAAGAGACAGGCCAA